AUGGUGGAAGGGGUGGGGAGUCAGCUCGCCAAGCCCGGCAGGAUGCGGCGCCCGCUGUGGCCUGGGGGCUCUGGGGGGCUCCGGCUGCUCCUCUGCUUCCUGCUGCUGAACAGCCGCCCAGGAGGCUGCAGCGACACUAGUGGCCACGAUGGUCAGGGCCAAGUGGGAGUGGGGCAGCUCUGGCCCCUCCAAGGAUUUGCCACCCCAGUCUUCCAAAACUUGCAAGUUGUACUCCAGCAGAUUGUGCCCCAAGGUUUGUUCUGGAAGCAUGGCAUGACCCAGGAUGCGAUGACACAGAAGAUGGAGCACAUCAGCAGACCCCACCCCCAAGAUCCAUGUCUGAGAGACGGGCAGGCAGCCUUUCCCACCAGAAGCACUGGAAGCCCAGUGGCCAAGGUGACCAGGGAUCAGUGCGUUACCUCCAAAGCGGUUUCGAAGGCCCUGAAACGAGAGGCAGCCACCCCUGUCAAGCUUCAGGUGGACAGUUAG